AAACAAUGUAUUUUGUUACUAGUCUUCAUAAUUGCUUUUUUAAUGUUAAAUAGUUAUACUUCAUGCCAUCAUUUAAUAAUAAUUUUAUCUACCGAUCAUGUCUUCUUGCUCUGUACUAUAAAAAAGAGUCGACCUCUUCUUCAAAUUCAAAAGCAGAGUCAUACAGAUAUAUCCGCCAUGAAAACGUGUUGCAUCUUCUUCAUCUACUUGGCGAUUAUUCUCCAACACUGUUUCUACUUCUCUGUUUCGUCAUCAUCACCUCUUCUUCUCCCCCUCUCUCACUCUCUCUCGACCUCAAAACACUCUUCAUCUCCUCUCCACCUCCUCAAGUCAUCUUCCUCCCGCUCCUCCGAGCGUUUCCGCCGCCACCACCAAAAACGCCAACAACAUCAACUUCCCCUCCCACUAUCUUCCGGCAGCGAUUACCUUCUCUCCCUCUCCGUCGGCUCCUCCUCCUCCGUCUCUCUUUACUUAGACACCGGAAGCGACCUCGUCUGGUUCCCUUGCCGCCCUUUCACCUGCAUCCUCUGCGAAUCCAAACCUCCUCCUUCUCUGACCUCCCUCUCCUCCUCCGCCACCACAGUCCCCUGCUCCUCCCCUUCUUGCUCCGCCGCACACUCCUCCCUCCCAUCCUCCGACCUCUGCGCCAUCUCGAACUGUCCUCUCGACCUCAUCGAAACCGGCGAAUGCAACAACUCUUCCUACCCUUGUCCUCCUUUCUACUACGCCUACGGUGACGGCUCCCUCGUCGCACGUCUCUUCUCCGACUCGCUCUCACUCCCUCCCCUCUCCGUCGCUAACUUCACCUUCGGCUGCGCUCACACCACUCUCGCCGAACCCAUCGGCGUCGCUGGCUUCGGACGCGGACGCCUCUCUGUCCCCGCUCAGCUCGCCUCUUUCGCCCCUCACCUCGGUAACAGCUUCUCUUACUGCCUCGUCUCCCACUCGUUCGACUCGGAGCGAGUCCGCCGCCCGAGUCCACUCAUCCUCGGACGCUUCGUCGAGGAGAAAGAGAAACGUGUCGGAGCCGAUGAUGAUCAUAAGGAGAAGGUCGAGUUCGUCUACACAGAGCUGCUUGAUAACCCCAAGCAUCCUUACUUCUACUCUGUUUCCCUCCAAGGAAUCUCCGUCGGAAAACGGAAUAUUCCUGCUCCGGCGAUGCUCAGACGAGUGGAUAGGAACGGAGGCGGAGGAGUGGUCGUUGACUCGGGGACGACUUUCACGAUGCUUCCCGCGAAAUUCUACAAUUCGGUGGUGGAGGAGUUCGACAGUCGGGUCGGGCGGGUACACGAACGGGCUGAUCGGGUCGAACCGAGUUCGGGAAUGAGUCCUUGCUACUAUCUUAACCAGACGGUUAGAGUUCCGGCUCUGGUUUUGCAUUUUGCCGGGAAUGGUUCCAGUGUUACGCUCCCCAGGAGAAAUUACUUUUACGAAUUUAUGGACGGUGAGGAUGGGAAGGAAGAAAAGAGGAAGGUUGGAUGUUUGAUGCUGAUGAACGGUGGAGAUGAAUCGGAGCUUCGAGGUGGGACCGGGGCGAUACUGGGGAAUUACCAGCAACAAGGUUUCGAAGUCGUGUAUGAUUUGUUGAAUAGAAGGGUCGGGUUCGCUAAGAGGAAGUGCGCAUCUUAUUGGGAUACGCUCAAUCAAAGCUAACGAGCGCGCGUUAUCCAAUCCCAGCUUCAAUCUUUUAAAUAAGUCAAUGUGCGCCUUACCGGUUCGACCGAAAACCGGAUGAUGGGUCUUAUCGAACAGUAAUUAUGAUAUCGAGCUGUAGCCUGUACGUAAAAAUAGCUGUAGGUUUAAUAAUUCGAUGGACCUGUCAUCUAAAAGUAUAUAGAAGGGUGUAUCAUGUACAUGUAUGACCGGUUUUGAAACGUUGUAGAUAUAUAUUUUUUUAAUUUAAGGCCAUUUGUAGUA